GGUAUGGCCACAACAAAUCCGAAGAACAGCUAAUAAUAGCCAUCCUCGUAAAACAGCUCAAGACUUCCCGCCAUUUUCGCUGCCCUCCUCCUCCCCGAAAGAUGGUGGUUGGCAAUGCUUCACGCCAUUGCACCACUUUUGUACCCUUCUCAUUAUCAUCCAUUUUCUCCAUUCUCCGAUCCCUACAUCUAUCUUCCUCCUUGCUUCUCUUCUCAAGAGUAUCCUCAACUAGCUUUCAUGCAACGCGAAUACGAAUUUUCUUGAUCGGAUCUUAAGUAGGACAGUCAUAUCCGAACUUGAGCUGAAUUUUGUUUUUGGUUGGGAAGAUUCCUGGGGUCAACCUAUGGAGACUGCAAUCUCUGCAUAAUGCAUUUGAUAUGGGCUCAAGUCAGAACACUGUGUUUCCAUAUUUUCUGACUGCUUAUGAUGCUUGUUCCUUCUGCAAAGCAAUGAGUUUCACAAGCUUUGUGAUGUAGAUGCAAGUUAUAUUUGCAUGGAUUAAGGAACUAUAACAUAGACUCGAUUCAUCUCGGGGGGCUGGCUAUCCACAACAUAACGUUAGCAUCUGAUUGAUUAAAUUUGGGUAUAGUUUUGGCAAAUAUAGGAGGGCCCUUGAGAAUCUGGUGUUUGCAAAGUUAACAAGACAGAAUGAGUACAGAAAUCAAUGUUCCUUGGAAGGCUCAAUCCACUGCAAUCCAGUCUUCUAAAGAAUCUGUUUUUUUGCAUGGUGAAUUGGACAUAUGGAUCUUAGAAGCUAAAUCUCUUCCAAAUAUGGAUCUAGCUUCAGAAAAUAUGAGAAAAUGUUUUACUAUGUGUGGAUCUUACUCACCACUUUGUGGACACAAACCCAUGACACAUUCAGGCAAACAUUCAAUCAUUACUAGUGAUCCCUAUGUGUCUGUUUGCCUUGCAGGGGCAACAGUAGCCCAGACUAGAGUGAUUGCCAAUUGCGAGAACCCUUUGUGGGAUGAGCAUUUCUGCGUCCCAGUUGCCCACCCUGUUGUAAAAGUAGAGUUUCAUGUCAAGGACAAUGAUUUUCUUGGGGCACAACUUAUUGGAGUAGUGGAAAUACCAGUUGAAAAAAUCGUCUCUGGAAAUACUAUUAAUGAUUGGUUUCCUAUCAUUUGCACUUCUGGAACUUGCCUGAAACCUUACCCUGAGUUGCAUUUUUCCAUUCAAUUCAAGCCAGUUGAAGACAAUCCUUUAUACAAAGAUGGUGUUGGUGAUGGACCAGAAUACAAAGGAGUUCCCAAUACAUACUUUCCACUCCGGAAAGGAGGGUCAGUGACACUUUACCAAGAUGCUCAUGUACCUGAUGCUGUGCUACCUAAAAUUACCCUGGAUGAUGGGAAAGUUUUUCAGCAUAGUAGUUGUUGGGAAGACAUAUGCCAUGCUAUCUUAGAAGCUCACAACCUGAUAUAUAUUGUGGGGUGGUCAGUGUACCACCGUGUCAAGUUGGUGAGGGAGCCAACAAAGCCAUUGCCAGCGGGAGGUGAGCUUACUCUGGGAGAGUUGUUAAAGUACAAGUCAGAAGAAGGGGUCCGUGUGGUUAUGCUACUAUGGGACGAUAAAACUUCACAUGACACAUUCUAUCUAAAAACGGAUGGUGUCAUGCAAACUCAUGAUGAAGAAACCAAGAAAUUUUUCAAACAUUCCAGUGUCCAUUGCGUGCUUGCACCUCGUUAUGGAAGCAAUAAGCUUAGCGUUUUCAAGCAACAGGUUGUGGGAACGCUUUUUAGCCACCAUCAGAAGUGCGUGAUUCUUGAUACUCAAUCUUCUGGGAACAACCGAAAAAUUACUUCUUUCAUUGGUGGCUUGGAUUUAUGUGAUGGCAGAUAUGACACUCCUGAACAUAGGCUCUUUCGUGAUCUUCACACAGUUUUUGAAAAUGAUUUUCACAAUCCUACAUUUCCUUCUAAUACCAAAAGCCCAAGGCAACCAUGGCACGACUUGCAUUGUAAAAUUGAGGGUCCAGCUGCUUAUGAUAUAUUGACAAAUUUUGAGCAAAGGUGGAAAAAAGCCACAAAAUGGCGUAGGAUCAAAAAGGUCACUCGUUGGCAUGAUGAUGCCUUGAUAAAGCUAGAACGGAUUUCAUGGAUACUCACUCCAUCUUCUAGUCCUGAUGGUGAUAAAAUUGUGCAUGUCACUGAUGAAGGAGAUCCUGAGAAUUGGCAUGUGCAGGUAUUCCGAUCUAUAGAUUCAGGAUCUGUGAAGGGAUUUCCAAAGUCUACUCAAGAAGCUGUGGAUCAGAAUCUUCUGUGUGGAAAGAAUUUGAAAGUAGAUAAGAGCAUUCAUACAGCAUAUGUAAAAGCAAUAAGAUCAGCACAACACUUCAUAUACAUAGAGAAUCAAUAUUUUCUUGGAUCUUCCUAUUAUUGGCCAUCAUACAAAAAUGCAGGAGCUGAUAACUUAGUCCCCAUGGAACUAGCACUGAAAAUUGCUAGCAAAAUCAGAGCAAAUGAGCGGUUUUCAGUGUAUAUAGUAAUACCAAUGUGGCCAGAGGGUGUUCCAACUAGUGCUCCUGUGCAGGAAAUUCUGUAUUGGCAGGGACAAACAAUGGCCAUGAUGUACAAGAUUAUUGCAAAAGAACUUGAAAAGGCCGGGCUUUCCUAUCGGUAUCAUCCACAACAUUAUUUGAACUUUUAUUGCCUUGGUAAACGUGAAAAUUCUCCACACGAUUCUUCAGAGAUAAAUCAGCAAACUGAAAAUCGUUCACUGGCAGCAGCUCAAAAGUUUCGGAGAUUUAUGAUAUAUGUACAUGCAAAAGGAAUGGUAGUUGAUGAUGAAUACGUAAUCAUGGGAUCAGCGAACAUUAACCAGAGAUCCCUGGAUGGUUCAAGGGACACAGAAAUCGCUAUGGGGGCUUACCAACCGACAUACACAUGGGCCAGAAAAAACUCUCAUCCACAUGGACAGGUAUAUGGCUACCGGAUGUCUCUCUGGGCAGAGCACUUAGGCAUCCUCGAGCAAGCUUUCGACGAGCCACAGAACCUUGAAUGCAUGAAACUUGUCAACAAGACUUCCAGGCACAACUGGAAAGCAUAUGUCUCCGAGGAGAGCAAGGAAAUGAGGGGAAACUUGAUGCAAUAUCCAAUUCAAGUGAGCAAAAGUGGAGAAGUGAGUGCCAUACAAGGUCAUGAAACAUUUCCUGAUGUUGGGGGCAAAGUUCUUGGAGCAUCCACCAACCUCCCUGAUGUUCUUACUACAUAGAUAUCCAGUUAAAGCUUUGAAGCUAUGGAGUUCACCAUAUAUAACUUAAUCUGAAUUGUUAUAGUUCAUGCAGAUGCAGUGAACGUUCACAAGGGAGGAGCAUGAAACUGGGGAUAAUGUAUGUAACAAUAUUGUUGAAACAUCAAACAUGUACACAAAAGGUUCUGAUUUACGUGAACACAAAUUUUUAAAUUUUGUGUUACGUAAGAAAAUAUUUC